CCGCUUACCGGCGGGCUGUAGUUGCGUUGUCCCAAACAGCACGCGCAAACGGUUGCCGAUUUCAGCACGGGACAGAUCCCGCAACCCUCUCACUGCAAUAUGGCGACAGAGUUCCACAACCUUCAGGAGCUCCGGCACAGUCCAUCGCUGGUCACCAAGGUGUUUAUACAGAGAGACUACAGUGAAGGAACUGUGUGCCGAUUCCAGGCCAAGUUUCCCUCAGAGCUUGACAACAGGAUUGAACGAACUUUACUUGAGGAGACGGUGAAGACCCUUAACUCUUAUUAUGCUGAGGCUGAAAAAAUUGGAGGUCAGUCGUACCUGGAAGGAUGUCUGGCAUGUGCAACAGCUUAUAUCAUCUUCCUCUGCAUGGAAACGCGAUAUGAAAAGGUGCUGAGGAAGAUAUCAGGUUUCAUCCAGGAGCAGAAUGAGAAGAUCUACGCUCCUCGAGGUCUGCUGCUCACAGACCCCAUAGAGAGAGGAAUGAGGGUUCUUGAGAUCAGCGUGUUUGAAGACCGGGGCUCGGGCGGCUCCAGUCCCAGCAGCACCAUGUCGUCGGGCAGCAGCGCUCGGUGACUGGAGGGGCAGCACCAGGCUUACGGAUACCACCACAGGGGCAGCGGCACACUUACCAACAUCCGCAUGCUGAAACAUGAGAGCACCAGGUUCUAGGACGAGUGGAAAGAAAAAGGCGAGGAGGUGAUUCACAACAUUCAUGCUCUCUCUGCUGGGGCCUACAAUGUAUCACCUCCAGAAGAAGAGCUGGCUUAAAAACACACCCUGGAUACAAAACAGAAUAAACACAAGUGCAACAGAACCCACACAUACUCUAAUCGUUAGACACAUAACAGCAACCAGAGUUACUGUGAAGAAAUAUCCUACACUCUCCAAGAGCUAUCAAACUAAAACACUCAUUGAUUGUUUUUGCUCUAAUUUUUUUCCAUUCACCUUUUCUCUCAUUCCAUCACAUCUGCUUCUAUGAGUCACACCAUCUCUGCAUUGUAGCUGAUUCUGCAGACUUUCCCUUCCUUAGACUAAAUUUCAGUGCGGGACUUUUUCAAGGAGAGGUCAUUUUGUCUGUCUGUUUAUGCACUGACAUUGCAAUCUUAGGUUUUAUGCAACAUCUCUGAAAUCUGAAAGGAAGGAAACGGCCACCUUACUAGGAGACUCGUAGCUGUCUGUUCUUGCUAAAUGACUGCAUUCAUCUCAGGUGGUUUAGGUCAAGCUGCUUUGAAUCCUGGCAAAUUGGGCCAGCUGUGGGACUGCUUGGUUCUCUGCUCCGUUCACAUACACUUGGCUUCAAUAUCAAAAGGCUAACAGAGAGCACCUUAAAUUAUUUAUUCUUCUCAUUCACAACAGUGGAUGAGAGUGAUCCACAUCACAGCUGUAGGUCAUGCUCAAACACACUCUGUUUCUCACUUUCUUUCUCUCGCUUCCUGCAUAUUCACAUACUUGCACAUAGAAAUGCACACAGCCAUGUCAUUUACUGCACUCGAAAAAACACAUAUUAGCGAGGGGGUGUGCACACGUGCAUAUACACAAAUACACACCUGUAGAUUGUGGCCAGGCAUCCCUGCAUGCAAGCAGAUUCUGGUAGACUUGGAGUUGGAGUCGACCUACGUCUCAGCUCAUUUAGAAAACAAGCAAACCUCAGGCCCUUGAAGGCUGUGCCAUCUAUUCCAGCUUAGCGGAGAUCAUUAAGAAAAUAUCAAACAUCAAGGAGCAGUACCUUCAAGAAGCCACAGAGUCAAUCUGACGUGUUUGGUUCAGAAGAAAAAGAAAUCGAAAGACAUCGGUCUUUUAUCUCUACACCUGUUCCACGCAUGAAAUAGUGUGGAUGUUAUUGGCAAAUGCAUAUUUAUAUGUGAGUAUAGAUGUGUGCAAGAGGGUCAGCCACACAAAGUUCAGUACCUUUCGUUUUGUAAGAUAAAGAAUAAGUUGUAGAUCCUUUUAGUUUAAAAAAAAACAUUUCUUUUUGAUCACAAAAUAUCCAUCUAUCAUCUAUCACAUCUAUCUAACUACUUAUUCACAAUAUCACGCUACAGUACAAUACAAUACAGUGCAUAAAAACUAUUUCUCCUUUGGGAAAUGAAACACUGUAUGACUAAUGUGUGUGUGUAUGUAUAUGUGGAGGCUGUUAAGAUUAAAUAUGAUGCAGCGAGCAUGAUGAUUACCAACAGACAGCAACAAUGCCCACACAUCUUCCAACAAAAGACAAAGCCUUUCUUAAAAGUUUGUGUUGACCAUGGUUCAUUUUCAUUUUUUAUUUCUUGUUACCAUAGUGUUGGUCUUCAUCUUUUACCAUCUUCAGUCUUUUUCUCUAUAAACACAUACAUGUCUCUUAAUAAACCAUGAGAGUGUAGGUUUUGCUUAUUCUUUAACACAGUGGGCUAGAAGCAAACUGCUCUGCAGAGAGCCCUUGCAUGAAAAUAGCCUUGUGCACUUUUACCAGAGCCAUGUCGAGUUAAACUACUCACUGGACAGUCAUUGCAGAAACAAUUACAUGUUGGCUUCAUUCCAGUAAGUAGUUUAAUUUCAACAUAACAUUUUGUUAACUAGUUGAUUGAGAUUUUUACCACAGCAGUUGAGUUCAGUUGUGCUUGUGUUAAGCCUCCUAUGCUUUUUGAUGCCUUCAUGUUUCAUCCCGGUGGAAUGGAUAUCCAGCCUGGGGCUGACGGACUGACCGACUUAAAAAUGACUCAGCACUGCCAAUAAGCAGAUAAAGGAGCUCAUUAGACAAUGUAUAAAGAAAAAAAAAAAGAGCGUGCAGCAGAGUGUAAAUGAACUGUACAGGAGAUGAAUUGUAAUCUACAUGCUUGUCAAUGUUUACCCACACAAACAAGUGGAUAGGGAUUUCCAUGAAGCCGUUUUCGUCCCCUCAAAAUCACUGAUGUCCAGUAUCAAUACAUGUUUUCACAAUCUGUCUACAUCUGGGUAUGAAGUGGACGAUCAAAUUGUCUGUACAGCAUGAGCUGCUGUAUAGUAUCAUAUGUAACAAGUCUUAACAAUGUAGCUUAUGAUAUUGUUGGUAAUUAUAACAAUAUUGUCACUUUGUGUAGGAGGUAUAGAAAAGGGUGGUGUUAAAGAUUCUCAGGGGAAAUGUGCAAAAUACAUAGGCUAAAGUUCUUGGAGAAAUCACAUUUGCUUGGAGCUUUGGUGAGAAUAUUGUUGAUGUGUGGGAUUACAGACUAGUGAUGGGCAUAAUGACUCUUUUUAGUGGAAUACAAUUUGUCAGUUCACAGAAAGGUAGCCUGACAAAGUGUCCAUUCACCCUCUGAUUCCCAGUUCUGUCAUUCUGUUUGCUGUUUCUCAACUCCCAGUAGAGUUCAGUGCCAUAUGCUCUCAUUUAGUCUUUGGCGGUGCAGUCAUGUGAAAAAGAAAGUACACUCUCUUUCAGUUUCACAUGUCAGGAUAUAAUGGAAAGUUUUAUCUUUAGCAGGUCUUAAAAUAAACGAAAUACAACCUCAGAUCAACAGAAAUACAUGAAAUAUUUUACAGUGUUAUCGUUUUAUUAACAGAAACUAAUCCUUAAUGCAGACUGUGUAAAAAACACAAAUACGCCCAUACUGCUUGCAUAGAAUUCAGAGAAUUCAGAUCUAGGCGCUGCUAAUCAAAUGUACAUGAUUAACAGAUCAUCAGUGAGUGUGAGCAGCAGAUGCUUUGGUACUUUGAUGGUCUGAAGCAUUCAGGUAUGUGUUAACGCAAUGCCAAGAAGGAAAGACAUCAGCAAUGAUCUUGAAGAAGUAAUUGUUGCUGCCAAUCAAUGUGGGAAGCAUUAUAAGGCCAUUAUCAAACUAUUUCAAGUCCACCACACUACAAUGAGAAAGAUUUUUCACAAGCAGAAAGCAUUAAAUAAUAAUCAGAGUGUUUUUAUUGAGUUUUCAAAAAGCAUAUCAUUCAUACAGAAAAGCUCGAACUCAAGUCCUACAACACAGUGUAAGACAAAACUAUACCCAGACAGAGAGAAAAAAAGAAAAAAAAAGGGGGGGGGGGGGGGGGGGGUAAAAAGUUGCCAGUUAUGGAGUAGACGGAAACUCAUCUUCAAAAUAGGAAAUGAAAGGCUGCCAGACCUUAAAGAAUUUCUUGGUGUUGCCCUGUAUAGUAAAUCUGAGAUGUUCUAAUUUGAGGUGUGCCAUCACCUCUUCCACCCAGCGUUUAUGGGAUGGCGGUGUUGCCUUUAUCCAGAAGCAGAAAGCAUUAAAGACUGCGUCCGGUCUUUCCAGGAUUGGAGAUCCCAGCAAAUCUACUCCAAACUCAGAGAAACUACAGAAAACCAAAGAGUUACACCUUGGACGCUACAGCCAUCAGGUAGCAUGUUAUAUGUUAAAGUUCAUGACAGCAAAAUUAGACAAAGGCUGAAAAAAUAUGACUUAUUUAGAAAGGUUUCCAGGAGAAAGUUGGAUCUGAACAAACCACAAGAGUUCUGGAACAAUGUCCUUUGGAUACAUGAGACCAAAGAGGAAAACUUCAUGCUAGUACAGUCAAGGAGUAGUCAUGAUUUGGACUUGACCAAAGCUCCUAUAUCAAAAUAUUUUAGAUUCAAAUGUUGGACAGGCCAUCUGGUGGACAUCUAAAGCUUGUUCAAAUCUGAUUCCAAGUACAGCUUGUUGCAACAGAAUGGCUGAAAAAGAAAAGAAUGAAGGUGUUGCAAUGAUUCAGUCCAAGUCUAGACUUUAACCCAAUUGAAAUUAUUAAGAGAGCUAAUCUCAGUCAAAUGAAGCAAUGUGAAGAAGAGUGGGCUUCAAGUUACUUCAAGUUGUUGCUUAUUUUUCCACACACUGCUUCUGCAUUUUGGCUUUUUUUUUUUUUUAAAUAAAAAAUGACAGUGCUAUAUGUCAUGUGUUGUCGUGAGGUUGUAUUUAAAUCAUUUUAGAACCUGGUAAGGAACAGAUUUUAAUUAUAUCCUAAUAUGUAAAACAUAGGAAUCAGCACAAAUAGCUUGGAGAUGCUGGUUUAUAGCUUUACUGAUCGUACAGCAGUUGGUCCACUGUCACAAUAUGAUUUUGAAUGAACAGCUUCAAGAAAUGUCAGAUUUCCAUCAAGUGAAAUGUUCCCCGCAAGACGAAUCGUAAUAACUUUGUGAUAAAUGAACUUUUUAUGUAGCACCAUCAUUGGGUUUCAAUUUGUUCAUGAGAAAACACUAACAGAAAUCCCAUCAUCUCCUCUUUGAGAUUAGUGUAAAUUACUAGAUGUUACUAUGGUAAGAAUUUUACCUACUAAAAAUUAAGCGCUGCCAUUGUGGGAAUGUUACCAUGCUAACACUAGUAAUUAGUUUAACCAAUUAAGUGCUGCUAAGCACAGUCCCACAAAGCAGCUAGCAUGGAUGUAGGCUUUUGGUGUUGUUUUAAGUGUGUCAGUAUGUGGGCAUGUGUGUUGGUGUAGAUUGAUCAAAAGUAUUGCAUUUAUUUUCAAGAAGAAGCACUGUGUGCUAUUUUAUACUUAAUGUAGCUUUUCCUUUCAGGAAUGACUGAUUCAUGAAGACUGCCAGGGGAGUGAAGAUUAUGAUAAAGCAUUAAAUAUAUUAUUGUAAAAAGAUGUCCAUUGAAAUACAAAUAAAUGAUUACAGGCGAGAUUAGCCUUCACUUUGGAUCCUUGAGCCUCAGUCAAGCUACUUAUCAAGAUAACCUCAGAAAAACAGCCAUCUAAUGAUGUACAGUUCAUUUCAGUAUGUAAAUUCUACCAUGAUAUGUAUUUAUCCUGUACUGUAUGUGGGACUGCAGCUAGUUCAUUUAGAUACACGGGCUCAUCGGCAAGAAGUAACAUAUGUGUAUUAUGCUGUUACAAGUGAGAGAUUACUCAAUAGUGCAAUAUGAUGUCUUCCUAAAAAUAUAAAAGACAAUAAUGAUGUGUAGAGUCUGGCACCAGCAUCUUUGACUUGCUUUGAGUUGAGUUGUUUUGCUUCAGGGAGAAUAAAACCGCAUUGAUGUUUAAUACUGCAUGAUGUGUGUGUAAACAAAGCGAGACGACAAGAAGUGAAGUCCCUGAUCCACAAAGUCUCCAGCGGUGCUGCUGCGAAAGAAGAAUUUAUAUCUUAUCUUGAUGCUAAUUGUGUGUUUACAUUAGCUUAUUUACAUACUAAUUAAAAUGGAUUUAUGUACUUUUUACAUGUAUUUUUUUUUCCAAAGCUGAUUAUUAUUCAAAGCCUGCUGAGUGAAGUUUUAACUGUCUCCAAGAGAUGAAUAAAAUAUCUGAUGAAGCUGAUAAAAAGAACGUUGCCUUUGACUCCAGGCUGCUGUUUGUAGCUACAGUUCAUGUUGUUUAUAAGCUCAGUCUGUGCUGUGUCUUUGCUUGUUCGUGAUAUAUGAUCUCUCGCUGUCUCUCUUGCACGCAUUGCUGAGAAUAGCAACAGGAAGAACUUGAGUUGGUAUAGGAUCCUCUUUGAGUUUGGUGCAGUGGUAUUGAAAUUUGUUUUACGUGUUUUUCUAAA